UGCUCAAAAUGGAGUAUAAAGUCAACCCAUUCCACUUGUUUUUGAGUCCCCAGCAUAUGCCCUGCUGGUCGGUUCAUCAACUGUGCUUGCCACUAUUCCGCAAUAAUGUCAUCGAGUCCAAAAUUUGAACCAUUCAACAUCAUUUCAGCAACUUACAAAACUGUCUCCCAACAUGAUAUUGCUGCGAAUGUUCUAGUGCCCAAGAGUAUAACAUCUCCGGGUAAAUAUCCUGUCGUCAUUCGCUUCCAUGGGGGUGGUUUUACAUCAGGAUCAAGUCUGUUUCCAGACUGGUUCCCAAAAUGGCAGGCCGAACUAGCCCUGAAGCAUAACGCGAUCAUCGUGUUGCCCAACUAUCGUCUUCUGCCUGAUUCCAGCGGUAUGGAUAUCAUGGAAGAUAUCGAUGAUUUCUGGGGAUGGGUCACGUCCAAGUUGGCAGACACUUUGCGUGACAGUACCAAUGGAAUUGAGCCCGAUUUGUCCAAAAUGAUGACUGCAGGUGAAAGCGCAGGCGGCUAUCUAAGCGUACAACUUGCUCUCAACCAGCCCCACGCUGUUAAAGCCUGUAUUUCCGAAUUCCCUUGCAUUGACCUGAAAACAGCACCAUACACAGAGCAGCGAUCAGACCCACGAGCUCCUGCUUCUUUAGUCCGGGAAUAUCUCGCCAACAAGGAAGAUCAAAGCUCCGUUGUGUCGUCUGAUAUCGCCAUCUCGCGAUUCCUGUUUGCGUUUUCCAUGAUGGACAAUUCGCAGUUUCUAGAGUUCUUCGGAACCGACGAGAAACUGUUCCCGUUUGAGAGGGUAUCUCGCGGUGCAAAGAUCCCGCCGUUGUUUAUCAUCCACGGGCUGGAUGAUGAUAUAGUCCCGGUUGAUGGAAGCCGGGAUUUUACUGCACUGCUGCAGGAGAAGCAGCCUGCUACCGAGGUGCAUUUGUCUCUGGCUCCCGGUGGUCAUGGUUUGCAUGAAUCAUGGAGCCAGGAUCAUGAUGCUAUGAAAGGGGGUUUGGCGUUUGCCACUCGCGCCUGGCUGGGGUAG